AUGACCAACAGUUGGGAGGUGAUGGUGUUCAGGCGGGCGGGCAUGAUGAUCCUGAUGGUGGUGAUUAUGGUUUGCAUCCCAAUGCUCAACGCGUGGAGCCUGAUCUUCGUGCAGUUCCUGGUGGUCGUCGUACUCGUGCUGAGGGUGUUCAGUUGGUGGAACAUGUUCCCCGUGCCGUGCCUGUGGGUUCUCCACGUGCUGAGCGGGGUGUUCACCACGGUGGAAGGAAAGUACUUCAACGUUGUCUUGCAGAAGGGUUCACCUGCGGAGUCGAUCGGGAUCGACGUGGACCCCUUCAUGGACGGGCAGAUGCUCAGGAUCACGGGCAUCAAGGACGGCUCUUUGAUCAAGCAGUGGAAUACGAGCAACCCGACCAAGAAGGUGAAGGUCAUGGACAUGGUUGUGGCCGUCAACGGCAUGGGCGGCAGCGUUGACGUCAUGGCCGACGAGAUUAAGAAGAACACCGCGAUCGUGCUGCGCAUCCUGCGUGGCCCUGGCCAUGGCGGCAGCUGA